GCUGCUGCCGCUGCCGCUGCGCCCUGGCCCCGCCGCCGCCGUCGCGCAGCUGCAGCCCCGCUCCCGCCCGCGGCGCGCCGAGACCGCGGCCCACGCCCGGUGGCAGGCCUCAUCAGCAAUUUCUCGAUGUUUGAGAAGUUCUGAGACCCACCCUAUUGGACUACUUGUUACCAGUGCCUAAGACUACAAAAACAUAUGUGUGGAACAACCUUUCCUUGAAGGAAGCAUCCGUCUCAGUAUUGUGGAAACUCUGUAAAGUCCUUGCCAAGCAGGAGAGCAAUUUGUGCUUCUGUGGACACUCGUGUGUUAUCUUUGCUUCUUAUGCACUCCAGCACCCCUAUCAGUUCCUUGUUCUCCUUCACCAGCCCUGCAGUGAAAAGGCUGCUGGGCUGGAAACAAGGAGAUGAAGAGGAAAAGUGGGCAGAAAAAGCUGUUGAUUCCUUGGUGAAGAAGUUAAAGAAGAAAAAAGGUGCCAUGGAAGAACUGGAAAGGGCUCUGAGCUGCCCGGGUCAGCCCAGUAAAUGUGUCACGAUCCCACGUUCCUUGGAUGGGCGGCUGCAGGUGUCUCACCGUAAGGGGCUUCCCCAUGUCAUAUACUGCAGAGUGUGGCGUUGGCCUGAUUUACAAUCUCACCAUGAGCUGAAACCACUGGAGUGUUGUGAGUUCCCGUUUGGCUCAAAACAGAAAGAAGUCUGCAUUAAUCCCUACCAUUACCGGCGGGUGGAAACCCCAGUCCUACCUCCUGUACUUGUUCCAAGGCACAGUGAGUUUAACCCUCACCUCAGCCUCCUCGCCAAGUUUCGAAACACUUCUCUGCACAGCGAGCCACUGAUGCCACACAAUGCCACCUAUCCUGAUUCUUUCCAGCAUCCUCCAUGUACCCCUUUUCCACCAUCACCCAGCCACAUGUUCUCCCAGUCACCUAACAGCAUCAGCUACCCCAACUCACCAGGAAGCUCUUCUGGACCAGGAAGUCCCUAUCAGCUCACAGUGGAAACUCCACCCCCACCUUACCAUGCAAGGGAACCUCCAGGACCCCACAAUGGGCGGUCAAUGGAUGCAAUAGCUGAAAGCCAACUGGUGCUGUCUUUGCCCAGUGGAGGUAAAUCUGCCGACGGAGAAGCUGAAAACUUUCGGCCUGUUUGCUACGAGGAACCCCAACAUUGGUGCUCAGUUGCCUACUAUGAACUCAACAACCGUGUCGGGGAGACUUUCCAGGCUUCCUCUCGAAGUAUCCUGAUAGAUGGAUUUACAGAUCCCUCAAAUAACAAAAACAGGUUCUGCCUGGGACUGCUCUCAAAUGUAAACCGCAACUCUACUAUAGAAAACACCAGGAGACACAUAGGAAAAGGUGUUCAUCUGUACUACGUUGGUGGGGAGGUUUAUGCAGAGUGUGUCAGUGACAGCAGCAUUUUCGUGCAAAGCCGCAACUGUAACUACCAGCAUGGCUUCCACCCAGCCACCGUCUGCAAGAUUCCCAGUGGAUGCAGCCUCAAGAUCUUCAACAACCAGCUCUUUGCCCAGCUGCUUGCCCAGUCAGUCAAUCAUGGGUUUGAAGUGGUGUAUGAGCUGACCAAGAUGUGUACGAUCCGCAUGAGCUUUGUUAAAGGCUGGGGAGCAGAGUAUCAUCGCCAAGAUGUUACAAGCACGCCCUGCUGGAUUGAGAUCCACCUGCAUGGACCAUUGCAAUGGCUGGAUAAGGUGCUGACACAGAUGGGCUCACCUCAUAACCCCAUCUCCUCAGUCUCUUAAUCAUCUCUAGAAUUCCCUUAGGAUGGAUUCUGUGGCAGACAGUGGCUUAUAGGAUGUCCAGUGAACAGAAGCUUCUCUAUGUAGAUGUAUGUAGAUGUAAAUAUAUCUAUACAUAGUCUCCUCUCCUCUUUUUUGUUUCUCUUUCACGCUACGUUUUGUGGUUUCUAGUUACUCUGAUGCUGCCAGUACAAUAAGUUUAGAAAUUCAGGUGUAGCCUAUCUGUUCUCUAGUACAAAAUAAGCCAAAUUCCUGUGAAAGUGUCAAAUGUUUCCCGUGAGCAUCUGCAUUUCCCAGCCACGCCAGUAAACGGGGCGAAUUCUCAGCACUUUCACACGGAUUCAGAAACCUGGCUGUAGCUGUUCAUAGUAGGUGAAAUUCACCCCUCUGCAGGCAACCGAAGUCAGAUCUCUACACCAUUUAUAGCCAAUUUAACAUCCCAAUUUUGGGUCUCAAAGAGGACCUUAGGUGGUGCAUGGGACUUUGUGUAUAGAGAUGACUUUUAUCCAGUGAACCGAAGGACUGAACUGCAAUUCCUGUUUGGCACCUAACUGCAAAGCACGACGGGACAAGAGAUCCUGUGAGGAGCUGAGGCAUCCCUAUCUGCCUUAGGAUGUGACAGGAGAGCCCUCAGGAUGCAUUCAGCACUGGAGCCUUAUCAGAGCAUUGUGGACACAUCUGAAUAGUCUGAUGCUGUUAACACAGUAGUGUACGGUACUGCUGCACUGAAAAGCAACAAGCUCCUAAGGAAAAAAACAUCAAAAGGAAAUUUGAAAUAUAUGCCUGUAAGUUUAAAAACUAACUAACGUCCAGUGCUUUUGUUGCAGAGUACGUGCAUACUUGCAUAUGUAUCCGGCAUGUAAAAUGAAUCCUAUCCAUUAUACAGUAUUGAUGUAGUUUGUUUUAAAGUUAGGACUGUCUGUAGUUAGGCUGCUGUGCUGAUGUCAAGGGUACGUCUAAAAGGGACUUGGACUGUGAUUCAGAAAAGGGAAAUGAAUUGUGCAUUGAAGAACUGAGUAAGGACUUUUAUUGUUCCUCUUGGGAUUGUCUCUGUCUGGGGAACAGAAAGCCCCACACUCACAGGAUGCCCUAUGGAGGUGGGAGUGAGCCACGUCAGCCCCCUGUACUGGGACAGUCAGGAUCUGACUGACAGAGAGGGCUUCUCUACCAGGCACUUGCUGCAUCCCUGUGGAUGGUUUCUCAGCUUACAGGCUUCCUCAUUUAUAGUGCGCUGGGCUCUCCUGCAGAGGAGGGUGAGGCAGGGCAAGCCACAAGAAAGCAAAUAAUGGAUCUAUGUGCAGAACUUUUUUCCAAGGCUCCUUGUCUGUGGUCCUUCUGUAAGCAGGGAAACCUAUUGCUCAUACUCUCAUCCACAGAGUCAGUGUUACAAAAUGCUGUUCUCUUGGUAACCUUUUCUCAGGAGGCAGGUGAAACUCUUUACUACAUUUGGAUGGUCCCCAUGACCUUGCUGAAAGGGUAGAGAGGAUUAUCUGUUUCCAGCCAUAAUAGUUCACUUCAAACUGUUUUAAGUGCCAGAAACAGUGCUAACUUCUCUAAUCAUAUUCCUCCUUAGAACACACCAGAAGUAUACUGAGAAAAGAAAAAAAAGUAUGUUUUACAGACUGUUUCGUUUCUUCUCCCAUCAUAUCUGGUGCUACACGUUUUACUGUGUAUUUAGAAGAGGAUGCUUGAAAUCUCCAGGUGCAUCACAUAUGCAAAAGGAGUAAUGUUCACUGGAAAGACUUUCCCAGUGGUUCAGAUGCUAUGUAAUACCUGUUACAGGAUGGUGAUUAUGAACAGAAGAAUCAGUAGACUAGUAGGGUUACUUCAUUUCAUAGAAUCAUAGAAUGGUAGGGGUUGGAAGGGACCUUUAGAGAUCAUCUAGUCCAACCACCCUGCAGAAGCAGUUCCACCUAGGUCAGGUUGUAUAGGAACAUGUCCAGGUGGGUCUUGAAGACCUCCAAGGAAGGAGACUCCACAACCCCUCUGGGCAGCCUGUGCCAGGGCUCCCUCACCCUCACAGUGAAAUAGUUUUUUCUUAUGUUUAAGUGGAACUUUUUGUGUUCCAGCUUCAUCCCAUUACCCCUUGUCCUGUUGCUAGCUACUAUAGAAAAAAGGGAUGUCCCAACCUCCUGACACCCACCCUUUAGAUAUUUAUAAAUGUUAAUAAGAUGCAUCUUCAGCUGCCUGCAGAAUCUGUAGGGCACAGAAGGAUAAGAUACUGCUGUUUGAGCAGCAGUAACAAGUUGUGUAGGAAAUUGUGAAUAUGAAGAACCCUACUCUGUACCGUGUGGUCAGCAGUGUGACUGUGGGGCAGGAAAAGCUUUACAGUCUCCUGCAGCAAUGAACUCUGGUAAUAAUGUUACACAGAAAGUCCAGACAUGUCAUUUUAGCAGACUUGAGAGAGAUCACUUUGGAAAAAGACAUUCUCCUCAGCUCCCUCUGUCAUUGUCACUGUACCAAGGUACUGGUAACUGGGUUUUAGCAUGUUUAUCGCACCCUUUGUCCAGUAAUUUCUCUGUUUUCAUGUUGUUCAUCCCUUUGCUUUCUUAGCAGCUCAGGACACAGAAAAAUCACCUCUCCUGUCCAGGAUCUAUCUCUGUUCUUUGUCCUAGAUUCUUCCUUGUCUUUUAGGCUGAAACUUCCUACCUUCCUAAUAUAGACAGAAGCCUAAGGGGUUGCUUGUAGACAUUCCCAGCAUUGUCAUCGUCCUUGCAGAGAGCAAAGGGUGAUGUUCUGAGGUGCAUCUACUCUUGGGCAGCUCCAGAACCCAGUUACCUGCUGAUGCUGCAGAGAACUGGAUGGCCAGUGAAGAGAAGCAGGUUCUUCUGCAGCAUCACUAGUUUCAUCCUAAGGCAUGUGUUUCAAGCAGGUGAAAUACAUUGUGCUCUGAGCGUGUUUCUGUCUUCCUAUGGAGGUUAAGGGCAACUCAGGGUCACUGCUACAUUGGACAUACCCAAAAGUAGGUGAGAAGGGCCCAAGGGAAGAUAUGGUGGCUUUCCUAGCCUAGUAAUGAUGCUUGCUCAGUAUGUGUUUGUGUUGUUUAACCUGAAGCUGGUAAAUUCAGAGCAGCUUUCCCUUUCCUAUAUGUCUACUUUUGUAGUAAUCCUCACACAAAUAGGAUUUGGCUUCAGUGCAGUCCACACAUGCACCUCAAUAAAGGCAGCCACCCUAAUAUUCCCGUACUAGUAAGUAAAGAGGCAUUUGUGGAGCAUGAUUCUUCUGACCUAUUUAAAAUCUCUGCAUGAGGAUGAGAUGAAUUUUAGCAAAUUUUAACGAUUUGCUGAAAGUUACAUUGAAGCACCUGAUUGUGGGCAAUCAAAGCUAACAUCCAUCAGAGUUGUUAGCCUCUGGAAGGGCUGGUACUGCUGUGUGAACCAUUUCCUCUUUUGGUUGCCUCUGGGGACUUAGUCUACUGUAUGAGAUGCUGUGCAAACACAGCAGCUGACAGCUCCUUCCCAAGAGAAGUGGAGAGAUCACAAGGGAGAAGCGGCAACAGUGGACGAGGCAAACAAGUAAAUAGGAAGGUGACCCCUGCCCAGGUGCAGUGAUAAAAAGUAAGACUAAAAAACUGGUCAUUUCUCUUUCUUUUUGAACAGUCUUUGUUACAGGCUUCCCUGGUAUAUGUGAACUGAGCUCAGUUAAAAAUUAAGGUUUCUCAUAAUUGACAGCAAUGUGACUUUGUAUCUAAUGUCUCCCCAUUUCGGAAGGAAAUACUUUCUACUGAAAGGUCUUCGUGAACCCAUCAAGCUGUAGUCAAUUUAAAGCCUUUAAAUGUACUCAUUAAUACUCAAGCUUUGGAGAUAUGCUUCCUCAGAGAUUUAAAACCACUUAACGGAGACUAUUAUGGAAGGCAGAUUUGUUUUAAAUGGGGUGGGUUUUUUUUGAGCCAUCAACAGUUCAAACCCUCUUGAAAGUUUCUGUGGAGAAGUACCAUGCAUCAGCAGGCAGCAGUGGGAGUUUGAGCAGUACCAUGCAUCAGCAGGCAGCAGUGGGAGUUUCAGCUGGCGGAGGCAUAAAGCACAUUUGUCACGGUACGGAGACCACUCGUUUUCAUCUGAAGUGGCCAGGAGAAGAAGACAGCUUAACUGCUGCCAGUCCUUCCAUGUCUCCAGCAGGUACUGUGUCAAGACUUUCCCUGAGCAGCUUUCCUCAUGGUCCCUGCCUCGAGGAUAGCAUUGCACUUGGUGCCCUGGAGAGAUUCCUUCCAACUUAUGUUAUUCUGUGGGUCUGUGCAGAGAAUGAACAGCUGGUUGCCACAGGCCAGAGCUCUCUGUCAGAGACUGUUUAAGGACAAAGCAUGUUUAUCCUCAGCUAUUUCACCAUGAGCGCAGUGCAGGACAGAGCUAUGAUGCUAUGUUCUCUCAGCAUAAAAUCAAUCAACACUGCAAACAUCUCUCACUGUAAACAUCAUUUCUACUGCACAACUCUUUAAAGUGGAGAAAAUCAGGUGUUUGUGACUGUAACUUCAUCUAAUCUGCCCUUCUUCCUGUCUUACAACACUUGGCUAAUAAGCUCUACAAGUCAGAAAGUCUCACCAGUGGUGGAGGAGUUGCACAAACAGCUGGAUUUACAGAGGCAGAGACUGCUUCUUGGCUGGAUGGAAGUGAUUUAUAGAGAAGCUUGAUUGAAUUUAAUACCUUUGAAUGGGUCUCAAGUACAAGGCCAAUCUUCUUGGCUCAUGAGAGGCUUCUCUGGUGCAGCUAUAGCUUUCAGGAAUGCUUGAGCACUACCUGGUGCUCAGUACAGGAAAGAAACAUUACAUCCUCUGUACUAUUCACCUCUGCCCCUGGCUCCUCAUAACCUAACUUAUUAAAACCAAAACCAAACACAAUUAAGAAAGAUUAAUGAGUCAUAGGAUAAUUAAAUGCCAUUUUUCAAAGUUGAGAGGUGCUGCCCAGAAUAUAGAUUUAUAUCAUCAGAAAGGUACCAAACAUAAUGCAUCCCACGUGCUCUCCAAACCAAAGGCUCCUUGCUCUGCAGAAGCCUGGAGAACAGACUGUUAUUUGAACAUCUGAACUCCAGCCCUUUUCAGAGAGUGGAGACUCCACUGAAGGGACUGAGGGGGUUUUUAUUAAGGACUUCAGAGUUCACAGUUGGUUUCAGGAGCCAGAGAUUGCACUGAGACGAUAAAGGGACUGGGGAGGAAGGAUGUGCUCAGUGGUCAUUGCUGGAGGCAUCAAGACAGGAUGUGCUUGGGCAGCCAUUGUGAUCACUGCAGCUUUAUGCCUUCACACUAAUCAUCAAAACCUGUUUUAGGAGCAGCUUGGAGUAUCACAGUCCUUGAGCUGGUGUGUGCUACACACACAGCCUGGCUGAAUGUGCCACCCUCCUGCUGCAGCCAUUAGAUAUGUUGGGGCAAAUGGUGUCCCAUGAGAUCCAGGGAGGCUCUGGCUGCACCUGAGAACUGCACUGGCAAGAUGGCCCUCUGCCUUGCUGCAGGACAGCAGGCAUUCAGGGCCACUCUAAGCACAUCCAGUGUGUGCUCCUCAAUGUCUGACCAGAACCCACACGACUGAAAGGCACGGAUUCUCCAGAGCAUCUGCUCAGGAACUGCAACAGAGCAGUUCACGCCCUGCACAGGUGGGAAACUGCUGUGCCCAGAGGAAGGUGCAGUCUGCAGGAGCCUUCACAGGGGCUCCUGGCUUUGAAAUUGAGCUGUAACAGGAACUAAGGCCGGACAAGUGCUCCCCUGAGAGUGACUGUGAGCUCAAGUCACCAUCAAAAAAGAGCCUGACAGAGUCAGUCCCACCUUGCAACAGGGAGAGAUUCUGUGAGACUUUAGGUCUGUGAAUAAAAAGCUCCUGAACCUGGAGGCUUCACUGCAGUCACUGACAUGAGGCUUCUUCCUAGGGGCAGCACUGGCAGUACCUUUUGGCAGGUCACAGAAAGCCUGAGUGGGCAUUCAGCCUGUGUUCAGCAGGGUGAAACCACUUCACCUCUCCAGCACAGACACUUCUGCAUGUUGUGCACCAGCCCAAAACACAGCCUUUGGUGUGUAGCAAUCAUCUACUCUUAGGAUGCCCCAGAGUGGCCAGGAGCAGCCAGAAUCCUGUCACCUGCUCACCCCAGGGCUUUAUAAACAGCUUGCCUGGGCGUGCCUUACCUUAGAUUGCCAUAUUGAUGCCACACUUCUCUGCCAGGGAGCUGAGGGUGCUCUCAAGAGGACACCUCCACUUGCCACUGGGCCGCGCUUGCAAAUGGUGCCUGUACAGAGGAUGAGGUGAAUUUGCAGGCCGUGGCUCUUAGGCAAGGUACACAUAACCACUACGGCCUCCAGAGUCAGCUCCUCUUCCAUUACACCCAAUGUGAACAUUUACAGCUAAUUAUGAACACUUUUUAGACCUUCAGUCAUAGUGUUUUUACUAUCCAUGGAUGCUGCUAUUUUAUAUUUCAUGUAAGUAUUCAAAUAAUAUUGUAUAUGAAUAGCAUAGGAGGAAAUAGACCAAGCAGUUAAUAAUUUUAAGUACAGACCUCAUCAGCAAAGAAAAGCUACAACAACAAAAAAAAACCUGACUCCCUGCACUUUCACUAAAGUGUGUGUUAAGUCUUAGUCACAUCUGAAGGAAGCUUCACAAACGAGAGCAAGGGAACAAACAUAACGGUGAGCAGAGCUAAUGCACAUGCAGAUACAUUCUCUUUGCUUACUCAAGCAAUUGGAAUUUUUAAUUAUUUAUAAUACUCAAGUACAAAUGUACCACAGCAUACUUUCUGCAGGGUUCGCAAUUUAAUCCCUCGUUUUAUUAUUGCCAGUGUUACAAAUGGGGCUGAGAAGCAACACAAAGUGAAAAAACAGGCCUUUUUGUGUGAAGCCGUAAGGUUGUCAAAUUCUAGGCAGCCAAGUGGGCAAAAUGGUGGAUUUGAGCAAAAUGGGGUUUUUUUGGUUAAGUAUGAGUUACCAGUCUGGUGCAGAAAAGCACUGAGACUCAUAACCUUGAUUUAAUAGCAUCAUUUCUGCCAAUGAGCAAUUCUGCCUUCUCUUUCCCAUCAGAAUCAAAGCAAAACACCUGCACCAUCCAGGAGAAAGUAGUAUAUUCGCAGUAAGUGAUGUUCUGUAAGACAGUAUCUUAUAGCUCACUGUAUAAAAGAAGGCUACCUGGACUCCUCCGUCUCAUGAGAACAAAAAAUCUCAGACAUAAUUUCUUCAGGAGCCUGAGAGGUCAGGGCAGCUCAGAGUCCUCCCACCAGCCCCACAGUACUCUUCUCUCAUGCCCAGUCAUGUUGAGAAAGAUACAGCAACUGCCGAUCAAGUGGACAUUUUCACAAGCAUUCCUCCUGCUGCAUUUGAUUUGAAGCAUUCUGGAGUCAACGUAUUUAGUCUGAUGUUUGAACAAUACACUUUUUACCACACUCCAUUUUCUUUGGCUGGAAUUAUUCUAUUGUAAAAGGGAUUAUUCACGUCUUGUGUUUUACUGUUAAUAAAGAUAUUU